CUGCGAUCGAGGCGCCCCCUUUGAUACUAGUCAUAGAAGUGAUCAUUGCUCAAAAAAUACCAAGUCAGAGAGAUAUAUCGAAGCCUUUGAGGGCAUCAUUUACAGAUUUUCUGUAAACAUAUAAUGCCAAUAUGUUUCCUAUAGCACCAGGUAUCACCAGUAUACUACACAACCAGCAGCUUAACGGUGGACAGACCCCGUUUUCGGCCUUUCCUCCCAUGCAGGAAGGCCAGCCGUCCAUUCCAUUUUCAACAUUUCCAACGGAAGGUCAAUCUUCUGGACUUCCAUUUACCUCCUUCCCAACAGAUGGCCAAACUUCGAUUCCCUUUUCGGCAUUCCCACCCGUUCAGCCACCAGAGGGAGGAUUCGCCUUUCCGCCACCUCAGCCCCCUCCUGGACCCCCAGCAGGCGGACCCCCAGGGCCCCCCGGUCCCCCGAGACCUGCUGACUUUAUAUGUCCGCCCCGUCCUAACUAUGGGACAGAGGGGAAACCUAUCAUGCUGCACGCCAAUCACUUCCAAGUGCGAAUUCCAAAGGGGGUAAUACACCACUACGAUAUUUCCAUUGUGCCUGAUAAAUGUCCAAGGAGGGUCAAUAGAGAAAUAAUAGAAACAAUGGUCACAGCGUAUAGUCAGAAAAUCUUCUCAGGAAUGAAACCGGUGUUUGACGGACGCAAAAAUCUGUACAGCCGAGAUCCUCUUCCCAUUGGUCGAGACAAGGUGGAACUCGAGGUAACGCUACCGGGGGAGGGAAAAGACAGAGUGUUCAAUAUCACAAUGAAAUGGAUGCAGCAGAUCAGUUUGUUUGGUCUAGAGGAGGCACUACAAGGUCACACCCGGGAAAUCCCCCAGGACGCGAUCACCGCCGUCGAUAUUAUCAUGCGGCACUUGCCGAGUAUGACGUACACGCCUGUGGGUCGUUCCUUCUUCUCCCCGCCGGAGGGGUAUGACCACCCCCUGGGUGGGGGUAGGGAGGUGUGGUUCGGGUUCCAUCAGAGCGUGAGACCCUCCCACUGGAAAAUGAUGCUGAACAUUGAUGUAUCUGCCACUGCCUUUUACAAAGCCCAGCCUGUGAUAGAGUUUAUGUGUGAAGUUUUGGAUAUCAAAGACGUCAACGAACAGAAGCGCCCCCUCACUGACUCGCAGAGAGUCAAAUUUACAAAGGAAAUCAGGGGUCUUAAGGUGGAGAUUACUCAUUGUGGAACUAUGAGACGUAAAUAUCGUGUGUGUAACGUAACCAGGCGCCCCGCCCAGACACAGUCGUUCCCUCUGCAGUUAGACUCGGGACAAACAGUGGAGUGUACAGUAGCCAGAUACUUCCUGGAGAGAUACAAAAUGAAACUUCAAUACCCUCAUCUGCCUUGUCUACAAGUGGGUCAGGAGCAGAAACACACUUAUCUCCCCCUGGAGGUGUGUAAUGUGGUGGGAGGACAGCGGUGCAUCAAGAAGCUGACAGACAUGCAGACAUCUACCAUGAUCAAGGCAACAGCCCGAUCUGCUCCUGACAGAGAAAGAGAAAUCAACAAUCUUGUUCGGAAAGCCAACUUCAAUGCUGACCCGUUUCUACAAACGUUUGGAAUUAACAUCAACCCGAUGAUGUGUGACGUCCAGGGACGUGUGCUUCACCCUCCCAAGAUCCUCUAUGGAGGACGGACAUUUCAGACCAAGGCCCAGGCGGUGCCUAACCAGGGAGUGUGGGACAUGAGGGGGAAGCAGUUCUACUCGGGGACAGAAAUCCGCGUGUGGGCCAUCGCUUGUUUCGCACCACAACGAACCGUCAGGGAAGAUGCUUUAAGGAACUUUACCCAGCAGUUACAGAGGAUCUCUAACGAUGCUGGGAUGCCGAUCCUGGGCCAGCCCUGCUUUUGUAAAUACGCCACGGGGCCCGACCAGGUGGAGCCCAUGUUUAGAUAUCUCAAGAACACAUACCAGGGGCUCCAGCUGAUUGUGGUGGUCCUGCCAGGGAAGACCCCCGUGUAUGCUGAGGUGAAGCGUGUAGGGGAUAUAUUAUUUGGAUUAGCCACACAAUGUGUUCAGGCCAAAAAUGUGAACAAAACUACUCCACAGACGCUCUCCAACCUCUGCCUAAAAAUCAACGUCAAACUGGGAGGGAUCAACAACAUCCUGCUGCCUAGUAUACGUCCUGCCAUAUUUAGAGAACCUGUUAUUUUCCUCGGCGCCGACGUGACCCAUCCUCCAGCCGGAGACGCCAGUAAACCCUCCAUCGCCGCAGUGGUGGGCAGUAUGGACGCCCAUCCCAGUAGAUACUCCUCCACGGUCCGAGUACAGCAGCACCGACAGGAGAUCAUACAAGAGUUGUCUUCCAUGGUGAGAGAACUCCUAAUUCACUUCUACAAGGCCACGCGCUUCAAACCGACGCGGAUCAUCUUCUACAGAGACGGCGUCAGUGAGGGACAAUUCCAGCAGGUUUUGCAGCAUGAGCUCCGAGCUUUACGAGAAGCCUGUAUGAAGCUGGAGCUGGGAUACCAGCCGGGGAUCACGUUUAUCGUCGUACAGAAACGCCACCACACCCGACUGUUCUGUGCCGAUCGUAAGGACCAGAUUGGUCGGAGUGGAAAUAUCCCAGCAGGCACCACUGUAGAUGUGGGAAUCACUCAUCCAACAGAAUUCGACUUCUACCUCUGUAGUCAUGCUGGAAUACAGGGUACUAGUCGUCCCUCCCAUUACCACGUGCUGUGGGAUGACAACAGAUUUAAUGCUGAUGAGCUACAGACCCUGACAUAUCAGCUGUGUCACACCUACGUACGCUGUACACGCAGUGUCUCUAUACCCGCCCCCGCGUAUUACGCACAUCUAGUGGCAUUCCGGGCUCGCUAUCACCUGGUGGAAAAGGAACACGACAGUGGAGAGGGAAGCCGUCACUCUGAUAACAGCGAGGAUAGGACCCCCACAGCCAUGGCCCGCGCCGUGACCGUGCAUCCAGACACAACUAAGGUCAUGUACUUCGCCUGAUCUGGGAACCAACACAACAUGACCUUGACCUGAACAUUGACAUGUGUCCAGGAAAAGGGAGACAAUUUUGUGUAUCCUUCCCUAACAUAGGGAGGUAGACUUCCCUGAUUUUUAGAGGGAGGUUUUGUGUUUAGGGCAGGUAGUGAUUAGAUUUGACUUUUGUUAGGAUGACUAUGGGGUAUUAACUGUAUUUAUUUUAUAGAAUUGUGCUUUUAUUUUUUUUUUUUAACAAGAAACCAUUCUGACUUGGUAGAGCGUACAUUCCACUGUGUCUAUGAUUUUUUAACAAAAUGAAGCAUCUUUGACCUGAUACUAGCAGCUUUUUGUUGCCAGCAAAGAUGCAUGUGGUGCUUAAAGGCUCAAAAUAGAUAUUUCUGCCAUAACUGAGAAAUCUCUCAGACAAACUUUGUUGACGAAAGAUGCCAUUUCAUACGAAGCAUAUCUACAUUUUAGUCAUUCCAUGUAUUUUGGGUGUAAUCCCAUUUUUGGCACAAUACU